AGCCGGCAGAUGACCGAACGAAAUACUCUUAUGGAACUUUCGGUAGGAGUAACAGAGAGCGUUGUUACGACUGUUUGUCCGUGUCACAGUUUCAUUUUUUUUAAUUCCCCACCGUACAUUUUAGUAUGGCUAUGGGUAUUUUGGUAUGGCAACAAAUAACCCGUCUGAAUUACGUAGGUUGGUUUUGGUACGUUGCCAGCAAUAUUAAAGCGUGUUUUAUAGUUUUGCGCAUUGCGCAUGUUCUGUCCCUUACCGGCGCACGCAUAUAGCACAUCUAGUUGAUCCUACCAUCUAUGAUGUACCGAAGUCCGAAUUCUAAAUCUUCAUUCAUUCAUUCAUUUUUGACACUUAUCAACACAAGACACUUGUUCCUUCGCGUUUGUUGUUGUUAUUGCAUUGCACAACUUUUAUACACUUUUUACAAAUGCGUGUAUUACUUUUAUAUAAAUAUAAAGAGUGAAUUAGGUUUUCUUACUGUUUUCGGGUCAUAUUUAAAGCAACAAUGCAGGACGAGCAUCGAGCUGCGAUACAAAAAUGUUUCACCUCCUUGGUGGAACAAACUGACUUGGAAACAAUGGUGUCUGCUCUCUAUGAAAAAGGAGUGUUCUCCGAAGCAAUGAUCGAGCCUUAUAAAGACACAAGCAGGGAGCCGAGACUGCGCAAACGCCAGCUCUAUAUGGACGUGAUGCGCCGAGGACCGCACGCCUUCCGGCACCUGGUGGACGCGCUGAUGGAGACGGGUGCUUGGAUAGUGGCUCGCGAACUGGAUCCAGAGUCUCUACCGAUGCGCAGGCCUGAGCGGCUGGCUCCCAACCCACGCCCCAAAUCAAAUGACAGCGAGUAUGUCAGUUUAAGUAAAGCAAAAAAGAUGGGAUCAGGAGGAACUAACACAAAUACUGAAACAAAGCCUCCGACACAGCCCCCGCCAGCGUUGCCCACGCCGCCGUAUGAGACCCCAGUGAUUCCCAAAAUUAAUGUUAUAAAGAGCACUAAGUUUAUGGAAGACAAUGGAAAAGAUAUAAAGCUGUACCCAACCCGCGGCCGGCGGCGCGGCGUGCUAGUAGUGUUCAGCUACAUCGAGUUCCGCGCUCAGCUGGAGACGUACCGGCGGGGAGUGGACGUGGACUGUCAGAUGUUGAAGAACCUCUUCUCCGAGAUUGGCUUGGAGGUUAUCUCCUUCCAGAACCUCACCAAAGAUGAAACCCUCACCCACAUGAAAAACCUCCCCCUUAAAGGCGCCGAAUGCGUGUUCAUAGUGAUCUCGUCUCACGGAUACGGACGUGACGGAUCUUGGGAUACGGAUAUCCGGUGCUCCGACGGCGGGUUGAUAUCCGCGCAUGCUGUGGUCGACCACUUUAAUAACCAGAACUGCCCCGCGCUUAUUGGGAUACCGAAGGUGUUCAUAUUUCAAAUGUGCCGGGGCGAGAACCGGUACUUGGAGCUGGCGCUGGCGGGGCAGGGCGCGGCGGCGGCGGGGGCGGCGGGGGAGGCGGGGGAGCCGCCCGCCACGGACGGCGCGCCGUACGGCGACGGCGGGCCCGCGCCGCGCCGCCAGCCCGCCGCCCGCCGCCGCGACCGCGUCUACUCCGACAUACUCAUCGCACACUCCACGUUGCCGGGUUUCGUGUCCCACCGCGACAUGGACAAGGGUUCAUGGUUCAUUCAAGCUCUAUGCGAGGUGUUCGCAGCGAACGCUCACGAGUGCCACGUGGUCACAUUGUUCACGCUCGUGGACAAGGCAUUACAGGAGCGUUUCCAUGUUCAAACUUCGGUCGUUGAGAAUUGGGGGUUCAACUGCAAGCUGUACUUACAUCCGGGACUUUUUGAGGACUAAUAAUAUUUGUGACGGCGAUUGUGUUCAGAGUUGUGGAUAACCUCGAGAAUUGGGGUUGAACUGCAAGUUUAUACCUGCAUUCGGGACUUUCCGAAGGACUAAUGUCACGUGUGAUGAUGUUCAAAAUCUUGAACAAGACAUAGAAGGGACUUCAUGGUCAAACGUUGGUCGUCAAGAAUUGGAGGUUUAAUUGCAAGCUGUACUUACAUCCGGGACUUUAUGAGGACUAAUAUGUGAUGGUGUUCAAGGUCAUGAACAAGGAAUUACAAAAGUGCUUCCAUGUGCAAACCUGUUUUGUGGACAACUAGGGAUUCAACUGCAAGUGGUGCCUAAUCCUGGUCUUCCUUGAAAAUCUAACCGUUUGAUUAUAUUGAGGUUGUUGAACACGUAUGAACCAGUCCCAAGAGUGCUUUAUUUGCAAAACUAUGCAGUCAAAAAGUGGGUCUGCAACUACGAUUUUUAUAUGUACUCGAGGUUAUUUGUGGGUGUGUUCACAGGCGUGAACACUUAAGGAAGACUAUAUUAUAUGACAUAACAGUGUUUGUCAAUCUGUGGGUCGAGCUCCAAUAGGGGGGUUACUAAGGCUUGUUUACAAGCCUAAGUAAAAAGAAAUAAAAACAGCCUAGAGACUGCCAUCAAUUAUAACUGUCACCAUUGUUUUCAUGCCAAGGGGGUUACCAAAAAUAUUUUUCAUCAAGGAAGUGGCAUCAAUAUUGAAAAAAAAAACGGUAAUCAAAUUAGAGAGCCCAGGUUAAAUGCGAUUUUAGGAAAUAAUAGAGAAUGUACUUUUACAUAAAGUGCCAUAAUACUUAUUACAUGCUGUACAGUCGCGGACUUUGUCAUAUUUCAUGUUCGAUAAUCAAUAUAAUCAUAAGGUUUUUAUUGUCGAUUCAAUUUUUAAACUUUUUUUUAAAUGGGCGAAGUCGUGGGGUUUUUCAAGGUCUAUUGGGGCCAUUAGUUUUUUGACCUGUAUUGUCAUUUUGACAAGGUUGAACUUGGCUCAUAAUUUGUUCGUAACAUGAUGUUAGCUAGUUUAAUGAACUUUUAUAUCGAAUUUUUAAUCUAUUUUUAGACUUUAUACGUAAGUGAUUAGAACAAAUGAAUUACAUUAGGAUUUUUUUAUUCUUUCGAAAUGUAGUGAUGUUGAUCUAUCGGCUGGGCCCUGUAACCUGUAAUGUAACACACAAGCAAAUAAUGAAAACAUAUAUUGUACAGUACACCUCAAACAAUAAAACUUUUAAAAAUUAUGAAGUAUUUAGACUUCCUAUUUUUCUUACUAAUUAAUUAUUAUAUUCAAUGUACGCUAACGCUAACAUCAUUGUAAUUGAUGCUGUUUCACACGCUUUAAAUAAGAAUAAACCCUAUAGUGUACUAAAACUCAAAAUACAAGUUAUUUUUAACAGUCGCUGAACAAAUGUUGGUCAGGUUUAGGAGUACAGUCUGAAGUAGAAUUUAUUAUUCCUGUUACAGGGUCCACCCGGUAUAACCUUAUAUUAUAUAAUGUAUGUAAUGUAAAGAGCGAAACAUUGCCAAUGAAGACAAAAUAGUACAUUACGAUACAAGUGCGAAAAAUAGGAAAUUCGAAACGAGUGGCGAUAAAUUAAAACACGACCGAAGGGAGUGUUUUAAAUCGACACGAGUUGCGAAUUACCUAUUCGCACAUGUAUCGUACAACGUUUUACAGUACAUAUGGCCCUUUAAAUGUUCGACACAGUAACGUAAUAUGCUACUUCUCGCACUAGUGCUAUAAAGUAGCCCCAUAUGUACUGUAAUAAUUAUUUUAUGUCCGUGGUCAUGUUUCGUAAUAUCUACCUGUGAUAGUAGUUAGUAAUAGUCGGUAUAAGUUUAGUUACCAUCGACUGUUGCGUUCCAUAGACAUUAUUGAUUUUUCAACUUUUUUAAUGUUGUAAUAUUAUUUUUAACUCUCUGGGUUUUAACUCUGGCUAGCAAGUCGUGUCACAAAAAAUGUUUUUUUUUUUCAUUACUAUUAAAUGAAAUGACAGCUUAUUUGAUUGGCAAGAAUGUUUGCCAUAUAAAACAAAAUGCUUGUGUCACGACUCGCUGGUCAAGCUUUAUUGACAUGUUUGGUAUAAUGUAACAAGUAAAUUUUAACAGAUUGGCUAUGUGCAUAAUUUUGACGCCCGCCCGGCGGCUAUUUAUAUUUGUUUUUUCUUACAGUAGACGUCGUGUCAAAUCGAAGAUUAUUAAAUUUUGUGCCGCGAGAAUGCACGGCGUGCGCUGUUAUCACUUUUAGUUCCUCCAUCACUAAGCGCACAAAAAAUAACUUUAAAGCACUUGGAUUUUUAAGGAUAGAUGAACUUUUGAUCUUCCCGUCAAAUAACAUGUUAUUAUAUAAUACUAAUACAUAAGACUAAUAUUGUUUUAAUUUAAGAUUAAAUACGAAAUUUCCGGGCUACUUGCAUGUUUCAUAGCUUGCGUAUAUUGAAUGACAUACGCAAUGAAUUUUUAAGUUCUGUUUUUUUUUUUCAUUGCAAUUUUAGGUCCAAAUGUCGGGUGUACAUGUGCGGGCCAACCUUUAUGCUAAAUACGAAAUUUCGUUAUUAUAGUCUCUUUCGCUCGAAUAAUACACUGCGAUAGAGGGGAAAAUAACGAAAUUUCGAUUUUCGCGAUAGGCCCUCUGCAGUACUUGACGGUACGAUUGCACUUACUGCAAUUUUAAAAUAUUAUUUCGUCUCAUUCAUGGUAUGACCGAAAUUCGCAUAUAGUGGGUAUUUUCUCUUUUACUCCAACUAACGAGUAAUUAGAGUGACAGAGAAAGAUGCCCGCAAUUUGCGAACUUCGGUGUUCGCGGCAGGCUCUCAGUGGUUAGAAAGAGGCGAACACUGACGUGCUAAUAAUGAUAUUUUUAUAGUAUUUUAUGCAACAGUUAUAUAAGAAGGGUAAAAAAAAGGCGAACAUUGUAAAGGAAUACGCCACGAGCAUUUUUUGACCUACUUAUACAACGUGGCAUACAAUAUUUUUCCUACGAGUCAACAAAAAUAAAUCUUAAUUUAGGUAAACAAAUUACAGCAAAAGUAUAUAGCCAAGACGCGCGAGCAUACCUUGUUACGGCUUGUGCGGCCGGCCGGUCAGCGACACCUCGUAACUCAUGAGGCCCUGGUACUUGCUACUUGCUAAAUUAAAUUUUUGGACAGUUUUUUCUCAAUUUUGGCCACCGUAGCCUACGGAGACUAACAAGCAACGCUAAGCGGUCUUCGUAGUCUAUGGUUGUUGCUAUAUUAUGGGUGUCACAUGCGUGUUUCUGACUUAUGAAGUAAUUAUUUUUACUAUGCAACCAAAUGAAUAUUUUGUAAGUUGGCAGCAAUGCACUUAGUUUAAAACUGUAUUCGUUUUGGUUUUGUUAGGUUGGUAGCCAUUAAUCGCAGUAACGUUAUAGCGAUUAAAAGCACAAGAGCUUUUAUGAGGAAUAGACAAUAUAGACUUUUCUUGAAACCUUUUAUGUAUGUUCUUAUAUUCGUGUUAAUGAAUUCAUAAAUGACAGAUAACAUAGAGGAGUAGGAAAAUACUUUAAUGUUAUUAAAAUCAAAACUGUUUUGUAUCUUAUUGAUCUGCUAAUGCAUUUACACGAAAUUAUUAUAUUAACGAAUAUAAAUACAUUUUACGUACUGAUAAUGCGGUCGAAAUAAAUUGUUAUUUUUAGAA